CUUUUGUCAGCCAACUCAGAACUCUUAUCAUUCUUUAAUACGCCGUCGUUUGUCUUGUCGAAUCUACUCAAUUACAUAAACAUACACAAAGGCCACAGACAAUUAAAGCAGUUCCUCAAUCAGUUGAAAAUUUUCAUAAUCGGAGAGUGUUUCCUUCCAUAGAAAGCAGAUCUGAAGAGGGUUCUUUACUAUUUGUGCGAUCAAAGAGGAAAACAAAAAUGGCGCAUAGAGUAGAACAGGAUUACGAUUAUCUGUUCAAGAUCGUGUUGAUCGGUGAUUCAGGUGUCGGGAAAUCAAACAUAUUGUCUAGAUUCACAAGGAAUGAGUUCUGCUUGGAGUCUAAGUCCACCAUUGGUGUUGAAUUCGCCACAAGAACUCUUCAGGUUGAAGGAAAGACUGUAAAGGCUCAGAUAUGGGACACAGCAGGGCAAGAGCGGUACAGAGCCAUCACAAGCGCUUACUACAGAGGCGCAGUAGGUGCACUUCUUGUCUACGACAUCACCAAAAGACAGACCUUUGACAAUGCCCUAAGGUGGCUACGCGAACUAAGAGACCAUGCGGAUUCCAACAUUGUGAUCAUGAUGGCUGGGAACAAAUCCGAUCUAAACCACUUGAGAUCGGUUUCUGAAGAAGAUGGUCGGAAUCUAGCUGAGGCAGAGGGUCUCUCUUUCUUGGAGACGUCUGCUCUUGAAGCCACAAAUGUCGAGAAAGCAUUUCAAACCGUGUUGACAGAGAUUUAUCACAUCAUCAGCAAAAAAGCUUUGGCGGCUCAAGAAGCAGCGGCUGCUAAUUCCGCGAUUCCAGGGCAAGGUACAACGAUUAACGUUGAUGACACAUCUGGAGCUGCCAAAAGUGGUUGCUGCUCUUCUUAGUUAUAAAGCUUUGUCCUCUUUCAAAGCACUCAACUUUCGUUUUGUUUUGCCUAAUCUUUCACUUCUUUUCUUUUCGAUUUUUGUGGCUGAUGAAAAUGUAACUCUUCAAGAACAGAUAGCACACUUCUCUUCAGUUAUUUAAAUGAUGAAAUCUUUGAUGGGUU